AUGUAUCCCUCCCACUCCGAAUACACCGACCAAGAAUCUGACCUCGAAGGCCUCAACUGUGACUCUUCUGGCCAAGAUUUCUACUCUCUCUACCAAGAAUUGGACCUGGACUGCAUUAAUGAAGAUCUCUUUUCCCACUCCAAGCCAGACACCAUGACAGAUGCCCCUGCGGGCAUAUGUGAAUCCCACAUGACUUCCAAUCUACAGGAUCUGCUGGAGAAGCAGCAAAAGAAGCUCAAAUCCAAGCUCACUGAAUGGGAAGCAGAGAUUUUAACCCUAUGCCACAAGCUUGCAGUCAAAGAGAGGCACAGCGGGGAGCUCAAGAGGAAGCUGGGCCUCCCAGCCUUGAUGGGACUGAGGCAGGAUCUGUCCAAGAGCUGCCAUGAUGUCCAGGUCUCCAAUGCCUACAGGAAACAAAAGACAUCAGCUGCCCUGUCUACUGUGGGCUCUACCAUCUGUAGAAAGCUUGGAGACAUGAAGAAGUCGGCCACAUUCAAAUCUUUAGAAGAUCUGAUGGGGACAAUUGAGUCCAGAGUUCCUGGUAGCAGACAGCCUGGCAGUGACUGCCUUCUAUCUCCAGGGGAGAGUGGGUAUAACCCACACCGGGCUCCAGGGGGUGAGAAUAUCCCACUCCAGGUUCCAGCACCAGAAUGA